CAGUCCUCGCCGUACCGGAGCCCCGGGUGCCACCGAACUCCCUGCUCGGUACCGGUGCUGAGCCCCCCUGAGCGGCAGCGGCGGUGACCAUGGACCCCAAGGACCGCAAGAAGAUCCAGUUCUCGGUGCCGGCCCCCCCCAGCCAGCUGGACCCCCGCGCCGUGGAGAUGAUCCGGCGGAGGAGACCCACACCGGCCAUGCUCUUCCAGCUCUCCGAGCACUCAUCCCCAGAGGACGAGUCCCUGCCCUACCAGCGUGAGAGCUGCCUGCUGAAACCAAAGAGAUCCAACCCGUGUGCCUACACCCCGCCCUCGCUCAAAGCGGUGCAGCGCAUUGUCCAGUCCCACAUGGAGGGUGGCCUGGCCGGGGGGGACAGCUCCGAUGGGGAGGCUGAUGAUGGGGAACAUGUCGAUCCCGACAGUGCCCUGGAGCCCGCGCCCGGGAGCCAUCCCCGAGCCGAGCGCAGCUACUUCAGCGGCCCCAAGGCUCACAAGCGGAAAGGCGGACAGAAGGUGUCCUUCGCCGGCGGCUUCGACGAGCGCGGCCAGGACCUGAAGUCGCUGACGGUGUCCGAGAUCCCGGAGGAUCCCGAGGGACUGGAGGAAGAGGAGGAGGAGGACGGCGGCACCGGGGAGCGGCGACACGUUGGCUUCGCCGAGGUCCCAUCUCGCCCCAUCGGCACCGAGCGCCAUUCGCCCACCUACCCCCUGGGUACCAGUUAACCGGCACCGGGACCCGGCACCCCCCGGCUGCAGCAGCUUCGCUGGUGCCCCCCCCGGCCCCAUUGCCCCCCCUCGCCCCACUGCUGCCCUGCCUGCGCUUCGUGUGCUGCCCCACACAUGGCCACGGCCACCACGCUUCGCACUGGGGGGUCCCACGCGAGGGGCCGGGACCCCCCCGGGGGGCUGGUGGGGACCCCCCCCCCCGGCCCC